CAUACUUCAUUAUUCAUCACGUUUUUAACAGAAUAUAAAAAAAAAUCUCGACAAUCCUUUCUUUUUCAUUGUCAUUAUUAGUUCAUUGUUCUUUGUGAUACAGUGUCGUAAAACAACGGUAGUCUUUAGAAUCAUUGAAAUAAUAAAAUAAUUGCAAACCCAUUUACGCGAAUGGAAAUAUAAUUGACAAUCGAUUAAAUCGGGAGUGUCGUUGACUGCAAUUUUUCAGGCUUUACGUUUUGCAAAUGUUUUAUAUAUGCGAAACAAGAGAAUUUUCAAUCAACGUAAAAAUAAUUAUUUAAUAAAAAUUGUGGAAGCAUGUCAUCUGAUAAAGUUAUUUCGCAAACGGAAUUUCAAUUAUCCUGAGUUUUUUCAGUUCACUGAAGCCAUACGUUUUCUUGGCUUGACAUGUCAUAUUCUAUUGAACGUCUAAACUAUAUGCAAGACAGCAGCAGUGACACAGAAACAGAUUGCAAGGAAACUGAUGGGCAUGGACGGAAUUCGGCUUAUAAAAACAGAUUGAGUUGUGGUGGUUCGUCCAAACCAAAAUCUUGUCUGGUUCAGAGGGAUGGAAGCAUCGAACAACAUUGUCCUCCCAUCGAGAAAAGCAGACAGAGCACAAAUUUAGGUCAACUAAACAGGCUUCGUACAGGGAUUGGAAUAACGAAAAGUCCACAAAAUCAAAAUCGAGAAAGUUGUUCGUCGUCAAAUUUAACGUCAGGAAUGAGUCAUCAACAGAUUAGUGACGAGAGAAUUACUCUCAUUGUUGAUAAUACAAGAUUUAUAAUCGAUCCAGCACUUUUCACGGCCCAUCCAAAUACAAUGUUGGGACGAAUGUUCAGCUCUGGAAUCGAAUUUGCACAACCGAAUGAACGCGGUGAAUACGAAGUGGCGGAAGGAAUAUCUGCAAUGGUUUUUCGUGCUAUUCUUGAAUAUUACAAAGGAGGAAUCAUUCGUUGUCCACCGACUGUGACGGUUCAAGAAUUACGAGAGGCUUGCGAUUAUUUACUUAUUCCCUUUGAUGCCAGUACUGUCAAAUGCCAAAACUUGAGAGGAUUGUUACACGAAUUGUCCAACGAAGGAGCGCGUUGUCAAUUCGAAGUAUUUCUCGAAGAUUUAAUACUACCCUUAAUGGUGAAUAGUGCACGACGUGGUGAUCGUGAAUGUCACAUAGUUGUUCUAUUAGAAGACGAUGUUGUCGAUUGGGAUGAGGAUUAUCCACCACAAAUGGGAGAGGAAUAUUCGCAAACCGUGAACAGUACAGCGAUGUAUAGAUUUUUCAAAUACAUUGAAAAUCGUGAUGUUGCUAAGCAAGUGAUGAAAGAACGGGGUUUAAAAAAAAUUCGUCUUGGAAUUGAAGGCUAUCCAACUUAUAAGGAAAAAGUAAAAAAACGCGCCGGUGGCCGUGAGGAAGUAAUUUAUAAUUAUGUACAAAGACCAUUUAUUCAUAUGUCAUGGGAAAAAGAGGAGGCAAAAAGUCGUCAUGUUGAUUUUCAAUGUGUUAAAUCAAAAUCAGUGACAAAUUUAGCAGAGGCCACAGCUGAUCCUGUAUUAGAUGCAGGAGGAAAUCCAAUAAUUGCUCUUUUACAAGCUGCGGAAAUAGUACCACAACCGGAAGCUUCACCGCCAAUGGGACAGGAUAUUGAUGUUGAAGGUGCACCUGGAUUAGCGCCUGAUUCCGAUGCAUUAGGUUCAAUACCGCCUGAUGAGCAAACAUUAUAAUCGGAUAAGAAUAAUAAUAAUAAUAAUUAUUAUUAUUGCACAUUACGAAUAACAUACUCACAAGCGGCUGUUUACUUCAAGAGAUUUAUCAAAAGUAUUAACGUAAUGUUUCUCCGAAUUCGAAGUUGAGAAACGCUGGGUCCACCGAUUCGAGAGCCCAUUAUUAUAAUUAUUAAUAAUAAUAAUAAUAAUAAUAAUCAAUUAUAUCAAUAAUUAGACUUGAUUGAAAGUACUCGAGUAAAAUGUUCGCUUUUACUUGUUCAUAUUUAUAUUAAAUAAUAUUAUAUAGAUAUAUAUGUACGAAACAAGAAGACUUAUCUCACAAAACUGUAAAUUUUUUUCAAGUUGGUCAUUUUGUAUCUCUUUAAAUAAAAUUUAAAAUAAGCAAAUAA